AUGGCAUUUUGUGAAAAUUUGAACAACAAUUCCAAGUUUAUAAACUGCCUUCGUAAAUCUGUUCAUCAUAGAACCAAUGAGGUAAGUCUUAAAAUUAUUUUGUUGUUAAAUUAGUUUGGUAUUUGUUUAAAAUUUGUGAUAUGCUAGCAGUUGUGUAUGAUCGAUGUAAUCGACAAUCAGUGUAAAUUGCAGAUGAAAAGCUGUCAGUUUCCCAAUCUCAAGUAAAAAUGUUAUUUUCCCUCGCGUACAAUUAGCGAAUGUUAGUGAGCGCUAUCGGUAAGCAAAAUUGAUAAUAAACUUGAGUUUGCGCUUGAUAAAGCUAUUAUAUUGCCACAAGUGGACAGGAAACUUAAUCAAUAUUCGCAGCUUUUAGAAUACAAGACGAUUUGGGGGUAUUGCUCUUUAAAUGUAUGCAAGAAUUCAACUAAAGAUUUCGCAAGUGCGAAUUCCAUUUUUAACGGUUGACCUUGCUUGCAUUAUUUGGAAGUGACGAUCUUUAAUUUUAAAGUUUUCUGUAUCAGUAUUUUAUCAUUCUAAGAUUAGAUACCCGUUUGAUGGUAAUUUUAUAUAUUACACUACCAGUGUACAGAAUCAUUACCCAUACUCGCUUUUUACAAAUGUAUUUUAAGCGCCUUGUUAUUUGGUUUGAUAAUAGAUAAAUGAUUUUUCCGAAUAAUCAAACAAAGCGUAAAAAGGAUUAAUUUGUGGUUUUGGUUUCUUUUUAUCCAAGUAUUUAUUUUUAACUACAAUUUAUUAUUGUACCAACUUUGUGGCGUGUAAGCGAAAGGAAAUUGUGCUUUUUCUAACUUUAUGAGCUUUGUUAGCAUUAUUCAAAGUAGACAGACUGCAAAUUAUCUUAGUUGCUAAAAAAUAUCUACAUGUCGCAACUUACGUCCCCUUCGAACUGUUAAUCAGACUUUUGGUGCAGAAAAAUUUGAUAGCGAACCCAAAUUUUAAUUUCAAUAGUUGUAAAUAGGACUUUGGUCAAGUUGCCAUUAACUAUACUGAUCGGUAUAAUCUUGUUAACAACUUCAAUAAUAAAUUCAUGAUAGUGCUAUGAAACAAAUAACUAUCCAAGUGUUAAGAUUAAAUCCAAGGAGUGGACAUUAGGUGUGUUUAAAUGUUUUACAGUUGAAACCCUUAUAUCAAAAUGGGUGCUUAUUUGUUUAAAAUAUUUUCUCGUGUGAAACCAGUAUUUCUGUAGGGUUCCAAACAUGGUAACUUAGGUUGAUACAGACUGAACCUCUUUAUGAGUACCUGGAACUUCGAUUUUGUCAUACGUUAAGUUUUCCAUGCAUUUGUCGGUUUUUCAGUCAAAAUCAUUGUCUGUCAGAAUUUUUUUGAGGGGGGGAGGAGGCUAACAUCACUGGUGAGCUCAGAGCAACCACAACGACAACAGAAAUUAAAAAAUAAAAAGAAGCAACAAGUUUAAUGAGCAAAUCUACUUUCACAGGAAAAUAGAAGAAAAAUAGAACCAAAAGAAACCCCUAGCUGUUUGAUUCUCCACCUACUUGUAGUAUUAACCUGGCAACUUGAAAUUUUGGUGUCAACCCUGUUGCAUGACUAAUGUUUUAGUUGUGAAACUUGAUUAGAAUGGCAAUGCUGUAUGUAAUCUCAAAGGUCAUUGCUUCAUCAAUAGAGAUCGUUGCACCUUUAGUUUCGUUGGAAAUACCCAUACAGAGGAUUGAGGAUUCUAGUUUUAAGAAAAGGGUCUAAUGUUACAAUACAGGAGAAUAUUUUGAAAAAGGCUCCACAUCUGAAUGAAAAUAGUCACCAGCUGCCGAAUGUUACCUGGAGAAUUCUACGUAAUAAACAGAAAAUUUUCCAAUCUCCAAUGCCUAAUGAACACCCUGAACACUUCUAGAGUUUACCUAUUUUGGGCUAAGCUACAAUAGUACCUGUUUUGGUUAUAAUAGAUAAAAGACAGGAAAGGAAAAAGAGACGUGUAGGGACACAGUCACCUUUCCUGGGUAGGGUUUCUUAGUCAUUCAGAUAGGAUAUUGGACAGAUUUUAGCUUGGAAAGUGUGUAUUAAAAAUAUAUUUAUUUUAAAUUAUGAAAAAUCUGACCGAUUUUCGUAAAACGGUGGAAACUGGUGAGGAGCCGCACCUUGGUACAAAACCUGGAGGAAAAAAAUUGUCAUGUUCAAGUCAUAAUAUUUGUGAUUUGUCUCUGGACUGCUAAAGUGGUAAUUAUUUGUGAACCAAAAUGGCUCCAACAACGUGUACCUUUUUUGCAUAACAUAUAUAUUUUACAGUUCAAAAUUAAUUUCAGGUUAUUUGUCUCUUAGUCCUAAUUAUUCAUGAAUUAGGGCUAGAAAACAAAGGAAAUUGAGAAUCAACCUACAACAGGUUGAAAAAAUUUAACCUGAAUUUAAUUUCAACCUUUAACAUAAAUUUAUCAUCUAUAGUUAAUGAUGGAGCAGAUAAUUCUUAAUGAGUUAAGAUAUUCUUAAGUUGUCUGUAGUGUAGCAAAGCAGUUCAGGAGAAGGUUCUAUGUAACAGUAUACAUCAAUGUCACUUUACUGUUGCUAUACUAGUUAAAGCUGGAUACAUGUACAUGGUCUAACUUUCUAUUAAAUUACAACUGGGAAACAUCUUCCUUUGCUUUCAAUGCCCUAUUAGGUUAUUCUUCCUAUUAGCAUCAUGGCCUAAAAACUAGCAACAGAAGAAUAAACCUUUAAAUCAUUUUGAAUUAUUUCUCCAUGCUACAGAGUUAUGCGUGCAUGUGAACCAGUGUCAUUUUGGCUGGGAAAUGUGAUAGCCACUGUCAUUUUAUCUACUCAAGGUUUUAGCAAAAAUAUUUUAGUGAUGGAAACAAGACUUAGGCCCAGUUCAAACGUCGAACUUUUUGUGUACUGGACCCCUAAUCCUUUCACUUAAGUAGAUGAAAAGAUCGAAGUUUGAAUCAAUAAGUCCCAGACAACAUCUAAUUUGGGUCAACCCAUGAAUUAAGUUUGAGUGGCCCACAUGGGAAUUUUGACUGUGGAGUGACUUCAUUUCAAAGGUUGAACUUUUAAGGUGCUGAACCUAAUGCAUAAAUUACUAUGAUUUAUUUGCAUUGGUAAACAUUGUAAACCAUUGUACAUGGUGAAAAUGAAUUGAGUCCAACUAAUUAAUGAUAUGUAAGUUCAAAAUCUGAAUCAAUCAUCAAACUUGUAUCAUUUGGGUCAACCCAAAUAGGUAUUAAGUGCAGUGCAUAAAAACUUUCACAGUUGAACUGGCCCCUGAACUGUACAUGUAGUUUUCAAAAGUCAGAAUUUUUAUCAUUUUAUUAUCGGAAGAGGGCUUAAACUCCUUCGGCAAAAAUAACUGUCCUAACUUUUCUGGUGAAAAAAAGGGCAACAAAGCUUUCUGGAGUGUCUAAUAGUUUUUAGAGUAAUGUGAAAAAAAAAAAAACUUGAAGUUAAACUUUGUCAUUGUAGUCGUCCUUGCCCUCAAAUCUACCGUACACUAUUAACCUUCUGACAUGUGAUUUUGUUGUUGCUGUUGUUUUGAUAUUGAAUUUUUCCUUGUUUUGUUUCUUCAAGGAUGUGGAGACUAUUUUUCGUUAUUUAUGUGGGAUGCAAGCAGUUGCAGGUUUGCCAGAGUCCUCUGUUAGGUCAGUGUUAAGUACAGGCGAUACAUUUUUAUUACCCAAAAUUAAAGUGGUUUGUGUUAUGGGGAUAGUCUAGUAGAGUGGGGAAUUUGUAUGGGAGGGAGGAUAGGGAUGCAUGUUUAAACAAAUUCAAAUCCACAUCAUCCUCCCUUCCCAGCCCUAUUGAUACAUGUAUGUUGUUUGUCUGAAGCCCAUGUGUGGACUGUGGUCCUGAUUAUGGGUAAUCUAAUUUAGUUUUAUCCAUUUUUACUGCAUACGAGUAGUUGUUGUUAUGAUGAGACACAAAGAGAGCAGCAGGAAAGGACUAGUAGGGAAGAGAAGAACCAUAUGAGCUACAAUGCUCAUUACAAAUCUUGAAACACUUGUGUGAUUUUCCCCUCCACGAUGUUGAUUUGCGUUUGCAGUCACUUCAGUGGUCCAAAAUACGCUCGGCUCAACAUUGGGGAAGGAGAGGGGCACAUUUGAGUGAGAACAAAGGUGUGAAGAGUGAAUGUAAGAAAUUUGGAGAAAAUUCAAGACAGAUGGCUACUGUUUCAACGAUUUGUGACGAGUAUCGUAGUCCACCCAAGUUAAAAAGAACUCACUAUGUAUGAAAGAAAUCGAAAAAGAAAUUGCGAGAAAAAGCAAGUCAUAUAAGCUGUUAACUAUUAUUUAAAAAAUGUAAAAAACUUCGAUGACUAUCAUGCUAUGCUCAGGUAACAUGUGGGAAAUCCAGGAUCUUCCUCCUUUUGCCUCUAAUAGUAGCCAAAGGAAAAAAAAAUGCACAAUUUAAUUCAGAUUCAAGGCUAUUACUAUGUCUUAAGGCCUGGGUCCGGGGGAUUCCCCAAGUAUCUUGAACUUGUUCCAUGGUUUCUUUCAUAGGGUAAAAAAUGACAAUAGCAGGGUUUGAGCUAGGAUUUGAUCACUGGGGGACAAUUUGUCCCCUUGGCUAAAAUUUUGGGGGACAUGUUCAUUUUUAGGGGGACAGAAAUUUGUACACCCUUCUGCUGAUGCAAAGGGGUUUGUCUUCUUAGCAGGGCUUCUGAUAGGUCUCGGAAGAAAAAGUCAAAUUUCGCAGGAUUUUUAGGGACAAAUUCGCGGAAAAAUCAGCCGAUUUCGCGGGAGUUUUGGGGCAAACUUCAGCGAAAAGCAAUUGGUAAAAAACGGCCGAUUUUGUGGUUAUUUUCAAGGCAAAUUUCGCUAGAAAUCGAUCGGUUUUGCGCUGAUCAGACCAGCCUUUUUAACGUUUUUCUAACAGAGGUCAUCAUUUGCUCUUUCAACGACAAUACGCUCCAGAAAUGAACCAAUGGCAAAGCCUUUAACAUCAUGGCUAGUGCCCAGUUUUUCGCAACAUAAUCUGUUUGCACGUUUCAGUGACGAAGUUCCAAGAUAAAUUUGCAAGUUUACGGCAAGUAAAUAGCCCCUAUAGCUGACAUAAGUUUCAAAUAUGUUGUACAGACAUGUAUUUGAUAAGAUUUCUACCGAAUUUCGCGGUAUUUUUCGUGUUUUUGUGAAUUUCGCGACUCCGCGACCGCGCGAAGAAUUAGAAGCCCUGUCUUAGAUUUCCGACAAAAAUAGCAGUAGAGCGUGACUGAAACGUAACUUUGGAAUGAACUUUAAAGGUGCGAUAAAAUAUACUUUCCACGAUCUGUUUCAGCUUGCAAUUUCUGUACUGAAAUAAAUCUCUUCGUGUGUGCUUCCUUUCGAGUUUUUUCCCUAAAUUUUGAAGGGGACAAAUUGUCCCCUUGGCCGUUUUUUAAAGGGACAAUUCCAAUUGCAGUGCGGGAUUGGCGCAAUGGCGCGGCCUGGCUCAAACCCUGCAAUAGAACUAAAGGACCUUCCUAACUGUUCAAUUCCUUGUCUAUUAAUUCGCCACGUGCACAUCUCCCAUAAUACACCUUUUUUGCCCCCCCAAAUUUUGCAUAACCUUUGCUUUUUAUUUCUCUUGGGUGUUACAGCUGUCCCAAGAGAAAUUGAAAACAAUGCUUAUGCAAAAUUUUGGGGAGCAAACAGGGUGCAUUUUGGGAGAUAUGCAAGUGGCGAAUAAAAACUGCUUCUACAGAGCAACUUGAAGUCACAGUGAUAGCCUUAAAAUUUCUUUUUUAAGGGCUUCACAGAUUAAAUUAUUAGAUCUUCAGAGGUUGGCAUCUCUGCUAUUAUAUUCCAAGUGGUCUGGUAGACCAAAGAAUAAAGCAACAACAAUCAGUCAUGAUUUGGCACUCAAAAAGGCCUAAAAUGAAAAUGCAAAUUAAUGUAUAAUAUUAUUUUAGUGAGACAUACCAACAACUCAGCUUGGAUUUUAUUCUCGUUAGUUCCCCAAUUCUAGCAAUAGACAUUAUAGUGAGCAGUAGCUGUUUCAGUUCAAACUAAAUUUUCUUUAAAAAUUAAAAUGAUCAAAUGAGGCUUUAAACUGCUGUCCGUUUUAAAAUCUAAAAAUCCAAGCUUUCACCAAUCGACAGCAUUAUCAGGGAUGAGAAAGUAUGCGGCAUAAAGAUAUGUGUGUAAAAGUGUAAAAGUGAUGCUAAGUAUGCAUGAAAGGUGUAGAAAUAGAAUUGAAAACAAUGGUCUAACAACCAAGUGUCUCAAGACAAAGGGUCUCUUAAAACACUUUAAAAUAGUCUCUAAAAACACUAAAAAGCACUAAAGCAGAAGGUCUGCAAAUUAAUUUGCUACAUUCCUCACAGAAAUUGAGGGUGGGCUUAUACUUUCUUCUUUUGUUUGUGAUUUUCCAAUGUUGAUGGUGGUGGAUCUCAUAUACAUAUGAAUUUAAACUGAUGAACCUCACAAAAAUUUAGCUUCAUCAUACCACUCUACCUACACAAAAAUAUAUUAAACUCUUUUAUAUAGAACUUUUACAUAGAGUAAAUAUUCUAUAUAAAAUUAAUUAAUAAUUAAUACUUUAAAUAAUUAUUAUUAAUUAAGAUGAAAUCCUUAGCCAGGAAGCUACAGACUGUACAUGUAUCGUAACUAAAACGUCCUUAAAGGAAGUAUUCUGAAAAUUUUGUUAAUAGUUGUUCUUUCUUAGUUUUUAAUUAUUGCAAUAUUAUAGUUUUAAGAUUUAUUCAUUUAUUUGUAUGAUUAAACAGUUUUGAUGUCACUAGCCUGUUUUAGUAGUAGUAGUGAACUUUAUUAAUGUGUCAAGAAUCUUUAGUGGGUUGGUGACACCAAUAAAAGAUAAAAAUCAAAUAUUAAAAUAGUGUUAAAACAAUGUCAAAAUAGUAAUGCAAAUAGUAAAAGCUAGGAAAGUGGAAAAUCUAAGACCUGUGAAACAUGUAAAAAUGUAUGUACAGUGCAUAUGAUAACAGGAUACAUGUAAAUUUUGCUUAAUAACACAUGCAUCCAAACGUUUGCUUCUUUUAACAGUUAAUUUGGUCAAACUUUUUCCAUACAUGUACAUUCAACUACUGAAUUUAUGACAUGUAUUUGAAAAUUGUUGUGGAAUUCCUUAUCUUACUAGUCAUCAAACCCACAUGUGCAAGAUCUGCCUGCAUGAUAUGAGCAUUGGAUUAGAUAACAGCUUCAUAGUGAUUCAGUGCUAGACUCAAAAAUCUUUUAGAAAUCUGAAAAGAUAAUUCCUAUGAAAACACUUUUAUCAAAUUCGAGGAAACAGAACCAGCAGAAUUUUAUCGACUGUUCUGUAACUGCCUUAAUAACUUGUUAUUUAAUAUUAAAUUCACUACUUAUUACCCAUUGAUGCAGCAAUGAAUCUGCUAUAUAAGCAACAAGUGAUGGGAUCAAUUUUUUAUUAGUUAGUUGACUUACAGGUUUGUCUGUAAGCUCCUUAGUUACCACAAAAUUUAUCCUCAAUUUCUCAUCUUUAGCAUUGUUUACCUUCCCUUUCAACUGAUUAAAUUAUCUUGUCAGAUUUCUUUCUCUUUGUCUGUGGCAAUGUGUCUAAAACGUUAAGCAAAUUCAUAAGUCAGUUAUUAAUGGUUAUGAUUUCAAAUGUCCCUAAUCCUCAUUUGUCAACAUUUUUUUUCAGGACAAUGUCUGAGACUGCACGAUAUGUAGCUGAAGAUUCAAAUUAUUUACUUUACGUGUAAGUUUUCAGAUUAGGGACGGACCAUUAGAAAACUUAUGGGGGGGGGGGGGAAGAAAAAAAAAAAAAUUGCGCAAGGGAAAAUUUAAUUUAAAAAAAUUCUUGCACGCCAAUUAACCCUAAGAAAUAUUCAUGCAAGGGUCUGAAAAAAAUUCAUACAAGGAAUUUGAUAACGAAAAAAAAUUCCUGCGGCUCGAAAAUUCCCCUCCCCCCCCAUAACUUUUCUAAUGGUCCGUCCCUUAAAUUGUCCCACAUGGCUUAUUAGGUUUAAAUCAAGCCUAACAAUACACUGGCUUAAACUGAUUGAAAUCCUUUCUAUUUAAAUCAGGGUAAAAUUUUCAUUUUAUUUGCAAAACCUUGUCAUUUUCAAGUUGCCUGGUAAAUGAUACAAGUAGGUGGGGAAUCAGCCAGCUAGAGUGUUUGUUUGGUUCCAUUUUUCUUCUAUUUUCCUACAAAGUAGGCAGGAUUCACAUUUACAAUGACCAGGGAAAAUCCCAGUCCCCGGCUCUCAAUGACUGCCCUGGGAAUUACCUCACUAACCUAUACAGUACCUUUUUUAAAGGCACUUACAUACAUACAUACAUACAUACAUACACUUUAUUGAUGCUCCCUAAGUGGGCUUUUCAGCUCAAUAGAAUAAAAAAUACAAAUUUAUAUAAAUUAAUUAAGAAUGUAAGUACAAUAAUAUUAUAAUUACAAAAAUAUAUCAACUUAAUAAAACAUUUGCAAGCUGAUGCCUAAAAUUCCUGGGGCAUUUUAAGGACUUAAUAUUAUCACUCAAGGAGUUCCAGAGUUUGGCUCCUCUGAAAGCAAAGGAGCGCUGCCCUGUUGACAGGCGACAUAAAGGUAUAUCCAAAGCACCAGGGCCCAGUUGUUCGAAAGCCGAUUAGCGCUUAACCCGGGGUUAAAUUUAACCCAGGUUUCUUUUUCUUAUGUUCAAAAGUAUUUUCGCGGAUAAUUUUCUCUGUAAUUUUUAGAACUUCCAACCAUCAACUUGUGGACAAAAAGAAUUAAAACUAAAAUGCUUUUUAAGCUUUCAAAUCUGAAUUCAAAUCUCGCACUAACCCUGGGUUAUCUUAACCCAGCUUUGAACAACUGGGCCCAGAUGAUUGAGUUUGUCUACUAUGGACUUGAGAACGUGAUUUAAACAUAUCAGCAAGAUAGUCUGGAACAAGCUUGUUAAUACUUUGUGCAUCAUAGUAGCGUCAUUUAGAAUGAGUUUCUCUCUAAUAGGAAGCCAUUUCAACGAUCGCAACCCAUCCGAAAUAUGGUCAUACUUUCUUAGUCCCAGAAUAAUUUGUCCAGCAAAAUUUUGGACUUUUUGUAACUUGUCAAUAUUGCUGCUGCUGGUAUUACCCCAGACAGUUGAACAAUAUUGGAGUUUAAUAAAGACAAAUGACUUUAUUACUAACAAAAGUGUUUUCCUAUCCAGGAGAUGCUUGAUUCUGUUAAUUUGAUACAAUUUAAAAAGGCAUUUUGAGGCAGUCUCAGUGAUAUGUUGGUUAUAACUGAGGCAUGUGUCAAGAAGAACACCCAAGUCCUUAAUGACAGGCACAGGUGUUAUUGCACUUGUCCUCAGUUGUCUUCAUCAGUGGUCCUAACCUUAACUGCGAUUACAAUUGACUACUUAUUAUUUUUGCUAUUAUGCUACUGGUCAAUGACCUCAAAUCUCUGCUCUUGAAUUAAGAUCAAAACUUCUUCCCUCCAAAUCAACAUUGCUGUUAGGAAGAAAAAUUAUUUGAUUAUUUUUUGACACUUUUUGAAAAAUGCUUUUUAGGGAAGAUGACUUAGCAAAUUGCUGGUACAUUCUGUUGUCUGGUUGUGUUUUUCUUGAUGGCUGCAUGUAUCUUCCAGGGAGCAGGUAUCAGUAAAGAAAUAAUAUUAUUAUUAUGAAUGCUUUCACCAUUUGUUGUCGCUAAGUAAAAGACAUCCAGAGAUGAAACCCUUUGAAUCCUAAUAAGGGACUGAGCAAGAGUGUUUUAGCCAGGACGGCUUUUGAGAAAAUCCUUUAUUUAUUUGAAGCUUGCAUGUCUUAUAGCUUUGGCAAGCAGCCACUUGGUGCUAAUGGCAAAAGAGGAACUGACUGCUUGGUGUUGGAAUAUUCUGAAAUGAUUGUGGUAAGAGCUCUAAAUUUACUUGUUACAAGGGCUAAAUAGUUUCAAUCCUCCUCCUGUGUAAAGUUUAUUAUUUUGGUCUCAAAGAUACCAAACAACUGAGUUACCACAUUAUGGACAUCUCGACAAUACAGACACACGAGUCUGUCCCUUUGGAGUCGAUUUUGGUGUCUGUACUAGUUUUGUUUUUGAGUGGGUCCUUGAGGUCAGCAGCAACAGUCAUAGUUAAUGAGGCAUGAGGCCUUACAAGAGGGGUGGGGGGUGGGGGGUAUGCCAACUCUUUGUUGAUCUUUUCUGAGACUGCCUGUGGCCUGGUGGGUCAUGUCGCUGUCACAUUUUACAUGUAGCUAGGAUGUAAAUGUUGGCUCAGCAUAAAUUUUUAUAGUAGCCAACUUGAAAAGUGCCUUGUAAUAAUUAAUUGUUAUCAACCUUUCUCCCUUGUGGUGAACGUAAAUACCAUAAUAACAAAACGCUCCAAAGAAAAUAACAAAAAAUGUGUGGAAAUAACGGAAGACAGUUCGCUAUUUCGCUGCAGAAACAGCCAAAAUGCAAAUUAAAGUAAAGAGAUGUCACCUUCACUAUUUUCAGAGAGGAUUGUCGCCUGUUGCUUCUCACCUUUAGUAGGCCUUGUUAAUGGAACAGAAUGGUUAUAAAGCCUGUCAGAGUCCUUUGUUACACAAACAUGUUUAUGUUUCUGUGCGGGCUUAACGUUUCAUAGCAUUCCUAUCAUUAUGGUGUUACUCAAACCAAAAAAUUUAAUUUAUUUUAAUUUAUUCUGUCUUCAUUAGUGAACAACAACAUCAACAAAAAAAAAAUUGUGCUCUGUCAGGUAGACUGCGAGCAGUCUCUUUUUUUCUUCAGAUUUAGUGAGGGAGGUGCACGCGAGCGUUGAGCGGCGAAGCCGCGAGAGGCGAGAAACGAGGGCGGCAAUCUCGCGCCUUUAGUCACGCGCGUGUCUCACACGUUUUGCUGGACGGACCAAGAAAAAAGAGAGACUGCUCGUAGUCUAUUUGUCAGGGAGCUCUCAACAUGAACGACAGUACUGUUGUUAUUAUCUUUGUUGUUUGCUGCCUUUCGUAACCAAUCUUCUCUACUAACUGUGGCAGCAAUAUUCAUUAACCUAGUGUAUACAGGCAAUAGUAAUGGGCUAAAUUAUUUCAAUUUUUUUUCCUACAGAUUGAUUUUCCAAACACAGGCCUGUUUCAGCCUUUUCAGCGUCACUCUUAUUCCAAAAAUGACCUAGAGAGGCUGCUUGCUCUUGAAACUCAAGAUUUUAGGAUAGGAGGGCCAAUUCCAGAUGAUGAACAGGUAAUGUUAAUACACCAGAUCCCUGCCUUAACUUCUUACAUAAUAGAGCUUUGGUGAUUACGGCAAUAACAGAAACGACCAGGUCAAAACAGUUUUCUUAAAAAUGUGCUAGUAAGGCUGCAGUACAAAGAAUUUUUUAAACCAGGCUUUGUAAAAAAAUAUUUGGUUUGUAUUCAGCGUAUACAAUGUAGUCACAAAGCCUUUGGGCGUGCGAGGUGACAGGCAUAAAAUUUAGGAAAAAUUCUUAGUUAAAUUAAUGUUAGAUUAUGCAUUACGGUUACUUUCCUACUGGAGUGCAGUCCGCAAAAAAGUCUUUUUUUUUUUAAAUUCGGUUUUGCAACAGGACGUGUGUGGCGAGAGAAAAAUGUAUUUCUCGCGUUUCUCCCCAGUCAUACUCUCCGUUUUCACCCCCACUCCAGACCUUUCCAUUCACCACUCGCGCGUGCCUUCUUAACUUGGGAAAAAAUACGGGCUGUUUUGCAGUCUAUUUGGGGUGUGGUUUUGCCUGAUUAGAAGAGGUCGACAAGAAUCUAUUAUUAACAUUGAAAAAAGACAUUCUAAAUAACUAUAUCUUUUUGUUAACAGUUGCCUAUGGAACUACAGCAUGUUAAAGAAAUAAUUCUACGAAGCGACAAAAACAUGCAAAGAAGUGCAUCUGUGGAGGAUUCCUCUUCCACGAACAACCUUGAGUUGGAUCUGACAGGUCUCGUGGAAAGUAUUGGUAGGAUAUUAAUUUUGUAAAGCACUUGCUUGAAUCAAACCUCCUUUCAUAGAAAUUCCUUUAUCUAAAAAAACGACCAGAAAGCUCUGUUGCCGGGUAUUUUGUGUACAAGGUACCUGGAAGUUCCAGAUCUCUUUUGGCUGUAAUGUUAUGCGAGAAAAUAGUCGGUAUGGUUAAUUCUUUAGUUUUUAACCCUUUCACUGCCAGAGUAAAUAAUGGAGUUUUGUAAGGUAGCUGUAACUUUUGAGUCUGUGGACGAAAUCCUAUGGUGUGACCAUUCAAAUGAAACCUCUCAAUCUAUACUUUCACAUGGUGCUACUUGUUUUUCAAAAUUUUACAAAAUGAAAUUUCGGAUUUUCUAUCGAAUUUUGCCUUUGGCCACAUUUGGCAGUGAAGGGGUUAAAGCUAUGUUCACACUAUGCCGGAUAGCUUUUGCUCCGCCAUGAAAAUCAUACCGGUUUGGGCUUCUGUUCACACACAAGAACGAUUGUGGCGGCGUGAUUUCUGUAACGGGGCGAUGAGGUGCAGCGCCAAUCUUGAAAGUGGAGCGUUACAUCUCCGAUAGGUUUUGUGCUAUACCUUGGUGCAGUAUGUAUACCUAUUCGGCCGGUCGCGGAAGUAAAUUUAAGUAGGAGCGACGACUGGAACUCACUGAGAUGGAAGAACAUAUUCAGGAGUAGAAACGGGAAUUAAGGGCACGAAACCCUCUCUGCCAACCGCCCCGGCACGAUGCUGGAUGUGCGUGAACGACUUGUGCCGCCCCGGGCCGUUGCUGUUCCCACCAUACCGGAUAACUUAUCGUGGCGCCAUAAUAAGCUAUCCGGUAAAUUGUGUACAUAAUCUUAAGAGUACAAAUCCAGGUGAAACGCCCCAGCCGCUAAAAACUACAGCCAACUCUCGGUAACUCGAACCUCCCCCUAACUCGAAGCAAUUUCAUUCCCCUUCAGGUCAUUUUCUAUAUAAUUUUACCCUCAACAACUCGACCUCCCGAUAACUCGAACUUUUUUCUAUUUCCCUUGAAGUUUCGAAUUAAUGGGAGUCGACUGUAUGUCAUUAUCAAACAGACUCUGAUUUUUCGAAAAAAAUUUAUCCAGUAAACGCUCCUAGGGACUGCCUUUGUCAAGAGUAAUGAAAGUAGAAAUAAAGAACCCCUAUGUAAAAUUCUAAGAAUAAUAAACCUUACGACAGGGAAGGACAAUCUGGAAGUUCAUGCGAGCUUGUAGUUACUAACAUCGUUUGGUUCCUCUUUCAGUUGAUUCCGAUGAGGAAGAUGAGGAAGAAGAAUCGCUUUCUUCACGCGAGGUAGUUACUGUUUUCCCUUUUUUGUCACUGGUAAAUCAUAAUAAAAUAAUUAUUAUUUUUUUCUUUACGUCGGGUGUAUGUGUUUGUCUUAAAUGCCUUAACGCAUUAAAAAACAAAACAAAAACAACAACAGCAACGUGCACGACACGACACCUACCGACAAGACUUUGCUUUAGACUUUGAUUUGGGUUUGAAGCUUAUUGUUGUACUACGGUUGCAUCCAUACAGUCGGUAAAUCUGCGUUGCCAGUUUUGUGAAUAUCUUGAAGUUCGAGGGAGAGGUUUUCAUAUCAUUCUUCCACAAAGCCUUCAUCAAGUGUCCGCCAUUUUUGCCAGUCUUGUCACUUAGCUGUGUCCUUCAGCGCGCUUUGUUCAAUAACUCUUUGAAGUCUAGCUCAGGGUGGCCAUCCGCGGCUAAUUAGUAUUUUACGUUACGACAUGAACGAUCAUCUCAAUCUGAAUUGUUUGCAGUCUUUACUGGUGCGAGAUGUUGUGCGAGACUGUCUGGAGAAAGAACCGGCGGAUCGCACGGAAAGUGAUAUACGUGAGUUUUUUUGUCCUGAAUAAUUACUGUAUUAGUAUCUCUUUUUAAACGUUUAUAACGUUUCCAAGCUGAUAAAAUACUGAUUUAGAACUUAUUUCUUGCAGAGGCCUUGCUGGACUUCAUGCAACAUCUGCCAGUAAGUUUUGUAACAGUAAACUACAACAGCAAAUUGAAAACUGAGCCCAGAUUUUUGAUCGCUUUUGCAAACCUGAUUUUCUGGAUUUUCCAUCAUUUGGGUCCAACGAGGUUGAUUCAGGUCUCUUUCCUAAGUUACUAUCCAAAUAUAUUGCCUUGUAGAAAACGACUUAAUUUAAUGCAAAGUGCGUAUUAAAUAUUCUCUAAAAAGUGUGCGAGUGUCCCUUAAGUCUUUCCAAAACAAAACAAAACAAAACAAAAAAAGCUGAAUAAGUAAAUGGUCAAGAAUCGUAGAGCUCCGAGUCAAGGCUGUAGACUUUUUUUACUUUCUUUAGAAGUUACUUUUGACAGGUCAUACUAAUGCGAUUGGCAGUUUUCAGUAAUUAAAAAAAAAAUGCCAUAGUAAGUGAUCAAAUUGCUCAAAAUUCCAAGGAAGAGUUAUUUUCACUACUGUCCGAAGAGACUGUAACGUUUAUCAUGGAAGUACGAUCGUGUAAAACAAAUUAAGAGGAACAUUUUUCUGCAGAGUUCUUGCAGGGAAAAACAGAUGGAUUUGUUUCUUGUGUUUAACCUCGUUCCCAGUCUAUCUCUUCCUACCCUCCCCAGGAGCGAGAGAGAAACCGGGGAACGAGGAUGUUGAUUUUUUUUUAAAUGUCUAACCCUAACCAGGCUUUUGCAAAUAUGACCAUGAAUGUAAGACAAGAGCUGUGUGCUGUUAUGGUGUUUGCUGUUGUGGACAAAGCAGGCUCUAUAGUCAUGGAAAAUGAAGAGGAGGUAGGCUUUGAUUCUGGAUUUUUUUUGUGCUUUCGUAAAACUACAUUAGGUAGCAGCGGUUGUUCCAGUAUUCAAACGGGUCGUUCUUGGACUGUGAGUUAGGAUUUUAAAAUUUCAAAUCAAGUAACAGAAUGGUUGAUAGAUACGAAAAAGUUCUUUCUUCUUUGGCAUUACCUAAUAUGGCAAGGGCGUAUUCCCAUCUUAUGGCAAAAGCGUCUCGUGAUAGGUCCUUUGGACAAGAUAGCGUUCAAACUUCAUGAGCGAGCAUGAGUUCUCUGUCUCCACUUUUGCCUUGUUUUCGCUGGCCCUCACGUUGAUUCCAUCCCAUUUAGUUUUCUGAACCCUUAAGAGAUCAUUAUUUGAACCCCAAAUGACAUGCUUUGGAAAUUGUCGAGAACUCUGAAUAAAUAUGUAGCCUGUCCGACAGGGGUCAGUGGGGGAGGGUAAAGAAAGGUUUUCUCUUUCGCGCUUUUCUUUCCCUCCCCUCCCCUCUCCCCCUAUGUUCGGCCUAGCUGGUAUUGACGGGAUGCUUCCGUCUUUUCCAAUUCAGAGGAGAAUUAAGAAAAUUGUCAUAUUUUAAAGAACAAAGGAAAUUCUAGUAUUUAAUUUUCCGAAGAAUGAUUGAAGUGCAUCGUGGCUUUAGUAAGUAAAGUGUAUUUUUCUAACGUGUAUUUUCAGCUGGACUCCUGGUGUGUAAUUCUCAAUGGUUCCGUAGAAAUUCUAGUUGAUGGAGAGGAACCACUCACUCUGCAUCUUGGAGAUAGUUUUGGAGUGGAACCAACGCUUAAAAAGAUGCGUCAUAAAGGCAUCAUGAAGACUCGGGUCGAUGAUUGUCAGGUGAGGAAUCCCAAUAGAUUCAAAUAUAAAUUCUCCUUUUUUUCCCUUUGUGAUUCUUAAAGUGUUAGAGGGGAAGAAGUUGUAAACGUCUCAAGCGAAUUCAUUAUUCUUGAUCAUGUCCUUACUACUCAUAAGCCUCGGGGAUAUACCGUGAUUUAUCAGAGAUGCCAGCUGACGCCUCGCAGCUGUAACAAGGCCUCACCGGAUUGAUCGGAAAAACAAUGAACGAACAAACAUAACAAUGGAACCUAGUCCCAACACAAAAGAGCUGUGACUCAAAGGAGUCCAAUAGAAUUAAAGGUUUAACUUUUAAAGAGGUGCGUGGCCGCUACGAGGAGGGAGAUUCAUGACUUGUUUCACUACCACACGGACAAAGCGCUGCUUUAAGCACCUUGUCCUGUUGUGCCAGUAACCUAUUCAUAGAUAAUUCCCUCCCAGUUCAAAACUGAAACAACAACAUUUCUGAAACGUGCUUUUCCUAUUCAAAUGUUGAUUGAAAAAGACAUUUCGAAUUCUCAUCGCGCGCGCACUGUGAAUAAAAAUGACAAACGUUAUAAUGUUCAUGAGACAGGACUAUUCAUAUAUGGAACAAUGUUUUAUAUCGGUGCCUCGGUAUUAAGUGCUAUUAUGCCUUAUAUGGACAACAAGAAGACUGAAAUAAUUAGAAUCAACUCAGCAAUAUUAAAAUAACCCUUUACUCAAGGCUUUCAGCCAUUGACUCAAAAUCUACACACGGAGAGUCACUGUGAAAUUGAAAGGCUUGUCAAGAAACAGUGCGCCUCAAGUUGUUAUUUCACUCCGUGUUUAUUCCAGUUUGUGUGCGUGGCGCAAGCGGAUUACUACAGAAUCCUGACCCAGGGCGAGAGGAGCAUUCAAUGUAUCGAGGAGGGUGGCCAGGUUGUCAUGGUGACCGAGUUUAGGAAAACUGACGGGGGCAGCAGGCAGGGCCAGGUGGUCAUUAAGGUAAUUCCCUGGGAUACUCGUGACGUUAUCAAGGAUAAAGCACAGUGGUGUUCAGAAGGCCCCUCUCAUGCCGGCUUCAGAAGCCCGCAUGAAUUCGGGCCUGGGGCUCGUUUCUUGAUAACUUUUCGGGCCCGAAAAGCUCUUUUAUGUUUGUCGUGUUUGCAUUCAAGAUCAAAGUUUCAACAAUAUUGAAAAUGAUACGAUAAAAGUAUCAGUUAACGAAGCAAAAUUGACGGGUUUGUGAGCUAGGAACUGUACUACUAUUUAACAGUUCUUGAUUAUUUCAAAAUUUGCCUUCGGAGCCGAAAAGUUCCCGGGCCUUUCUCGAAGUCCCGGAAUCUUUACUGACCCGAAGUGUAAGAUUCAAAUAAAGAAGAAUAAAUCGCUGGUCCUAGCUAACAUGAAACUGGUCCUUUUUGUUUUGUUAACUGAUAGUUUUAUCAAAGUAUCUGCCGCAAAACUAUUGAAAAUUCGAUCCUGAAUCUCAGCAUUAACAGCUUUAGAGCCAGUUCAUUAUCGGAACUUUCGAAAAACGUUCCCAGAAUCCACCUAGAUUAGAAUCCACCAGAAUCUUCCAGAAUCCUUCAGUAUUUAACCUUAUUGUGCAAAUUAGGCCCACCAAGCUUAUUCAGUAAAGCUAAAUACUCAAGUUUUCGUUUCUCUUUUUCUCGUUAUCGUAUUAGGCCACACCUCAGAAGCUUAUAAGUCACGUGGUCGAGGAGCAUUCGGCUAUCGAUCCUACGUUCGUGGAGGAUCUUCUUUUAACAUUCAAGACCUUCUUAGAUCGGCCCUCAGAAAUAUGCAGCCAGUUACUGAAUUGGUUUCUUGAAAGGCGGUUUAGAGACAAGGUAAGACUUUGAGUUUUACUCUUUACCUUCCCUCAUACCAUUAGCCUGCUUAAUCCAACCAGUUAGUAGCGUCUGCGAAGCAGCGCUGAUAUGCUUGUUCUGGACCAGCCGGUCCCCAACGGACUCGACGAAUUGCUGGAAUUGCGUUUGGAAUUUCUCUUUAACCUGAUUGGCCAAUCAUGGCGCGUACUCAAAUCCUGGUACACAGAUGGUGGCCCAGAACAGGGAUUUCGGCGCUGUUUCGCAGACGGACUUCACCAGAAAUUAAGCUCCUUCUGUGGCGCAGACUAUCUUAUCAUUGGUGCGGCAGCUCCUGGGAACUUCGCGCGUUGCUCCCCCCAAAAUGCGAACCACCUCAUUGAACACUGCCCCAUCAUUAGCGUUCCGAACAGUGUCUUGUGGCUUACCCCUCUUGAUGCCACCACUUGUUCUCUUGCCCCGACCUCCCUCUUUGAACACAGCUCACAUGCACGACGACCUUAGAUAAAGAUGUUUGAUUGCUUCACAGAUUUUUACAAAAUUAGACUAAAUAUCCUAAGGAGAGUUCCAAACAUCACCUGAGGAAGUACUACUCGAUGAUCGUCGAUGGCGUGCCUCAAAUCUUAUAUUUCAUUUUUAAAAGACCCGAUUUUAAAAGGGAUUUUACUAUUAAAAAAAAAAUGCGAUAAGAUAUAACUUGAAAUCAUUUUAAGAAAUUUUGAAAAACGUGACAAAGUUUCGACGUUCUUGGACGUCAUUAUCAAGUCAAAAGAAAAUAGCUUAUACAUUUUCUAUAAAUACAUGAAAAAACAAUAGAUCAUUAAAAAGAAUAGUAACGUGUUAAAAUAUGUUGCGAGUUAAACAAAGAGUUUCGCAUCAAUGGUCACUCUGCGCAUUUAGAUUAGGCCUGAAUUCAUUAAUCAACAACUGCAUCUCGUAAAUGAAGCAAUCAAAUUCUCUAUGACACUUUAGAACGCGAAAUUGACACUCUCGUAUGAAUGGUAAUACAAUAGGGUUUUAUUUACAGACUCAAAAGUUAGAACUAUGUACUAGAUAAUUAAUAGUACCAUGUGAAAGUACUGGUGAAGAGGUUUCACUUGAAUGGUAACGCCGUAGGGUUUCAUCUACAGACUCAAUAGUUAGAGUCCCAUUUGAUGUCUCUUUGUUUCAAUCUGGGAGUGAAGAGGUUUAUUUUGUUGGUAAAAAAGGCAAGGUUAAAUUUUUUUGACUCUGUUUUGUCAGGUGACGCGUGCAAUGCUCCUAUGGGUCAAUAAUCACUAUGGCGACUUUGAAGGGGACCCUGUGAUGGAGGGCUACCUCGAGACGUUUGAAAAGGGCCUUGAGCUGCAGGUAUAAGCACUGACCACUUAUCUUACCACUUUCAAUUUUCUUUACUUUCUUAAGAGUUGAGAGUUGUUUGGGUCGGUUAGAUUUUAUCUGUCAUCAAGUUUGGUAUAAUAGACUUCUUUAGCAUCACGACUUGAUCUUUUGGAAGUUUCAAGAUGUAGAUAUACAAAGAAAUGUUUGACUACAGAAGAUCAGUGGUCGGCUUCGAGUCACGGAUGGCUAAUACGCACUUGCUGACGCGUUGUUGAGAAAUAACUCACCCCUGAACGGUCACUAACAAGCUAGUUGUUUUUGUUUUUGUGAUUGUUGUUUUCUCGUAACUUUACCCCCGUUUUUUGUUUGGAGCGUUGUUUGACCACUCAUAUAAUUGCUGUGUUAACUCUUGAAAACUCUGUGUAAACUCUGGGAAAACCUCUUUAUCGUAUGUAGCAUGUCUACCUGCGACAUAACCGCCUGCAAUGCUUGAUGAGAUACUGUUUCGAUUUGAGAACAAAAUGGGUAUCCCACUUUUCUGCCAAGGUGCCUGCGAAGUUCACUUCAGUUCAAUUUCGUGGGCGUACCGGCGCUAAAGACCUGCGAUUGUCCUCGCUACCAGCGGAGUGUGUCCCGGUUUGACAGAGCAGUAUAUCAAGCAGUAACCGGGGAGGUCUUUCCUAGUCAGGUCGGCAGCGUAUGAGAACCAGGCAUAAGAGACUAAUGUUUCUCUUUCCUUUUCGUACAAUCAGCAAAUGAGUGGUCAGCUUGGUCUGCUAAACAUCGCAUGCGCAGCCAAGGCAAAGGCACGUCGUAUAACAAUGGUAAGUAUAUUCUGCCCUCUUUUGUUCACCCGGCAAUCUCUUAUCCUGAGAAUGCAGCUGCCUUUUCUGCGCUAACGACGUGAAUGACAGGCUGGAGUGUUGAUAUGGCAAAUAUGUUACCUGUAUGACACAGUGCAGUGGGGAGGGGUUGGGUGAGCUAUGGUGUUUCCUUGAACAGAGCAAAACUAACAAAAGCACGCUAAUGGAGCAACUGAAAUUAAAUUUCUCAAAACCAAGAAAACGCGGAGAUGCUGACCAUGAAAAGGUGCGAAUGAUUUAACGAUUACAAUUUCAAACCCAAGAUUUGCCACUGAUCCCUCGCGCGCAAUACUCAGACUCAAUUUUGUGCGCUCAAAAUGUUACCUAUGUCAUUUCCAUGACUCUUUACAUGUUGUUUCUUAGGAUCGUUCCUCUAGAGAUAUGCCCCUUGGUUUUACAAUUGCCGGCGGUAAAGAGUCUGGUUUUGGAAUUUUUAUAUCGAAGGUAAGAAAAAUGAUACUGUGAUAUUACGAAGUUGAAAUAAUAGGUAUAUUAUCUGUUUGUCUUUAGCUGUUCUUACUGCUUCAUAGAUAGGGGCUAAGAUCGGUAGGGUGCAAGGUGUUAUCCUCCUCGGCCGGCCUAAUCGGCCUCGGUGGAUAACACUCUCCUCGAUCUCCAUAAUUCUUCAGAUGGUAGUUAACCUCAUCCAAUAUUGUUAAUUAUUUUAGACGACGGAUAUCAAGCGAUACAAACUAACUACACAAUGAUGCUGGUCGCGCCGCUCAACUCUAAUUAACGACUGGUUAAAAUAACACGUUAACUUUAUUGUAAUGUAUUCUUAGGUUGAAGAGGAUUCGAAGGGGGCCGAAGUGGGUCUCAGACGAGGAGAUCGGGUUUGUGUUAAUUAUCUUUUGUCCUCCAGUAGUUUUGUAUUUAUAGUUUGUCCGUUGAAGUUUAGUCUAUCCGUGUUCAAAAUGGCGAUUUAUCUUUCAGAUACUUGAAGUGAACGGAACCAACUUUGAAAAUAUUACAUACGUAAAGGUAUGUUUUAGCUCAAGUCGUCAGCGCAGGAAUUCAAUGACCGUCUCAGUUACGUGUGGAAGUCACGUGUAUGACGCUUAUAUAACGCACUUAAAUGAGAUCAAAAUCGGACGUAAGCUUUUAAAGGCACUUAAGGCCCCUUCCACACUAAUGCGUUUUUGUUUAAAAAUGCAUACAUUUCGAUGCGUUUAGGCCUUCCAUCCACACUAAUACGCUGAGCAUUUUCAUCGAAGACGCAUCGAUUUGAAAACGCUCUUGAAAGUGGAUCAAAACGAAAACGCAUACUUAUUGUAUUAGUGUGCACAGUCGAAAACGGUCGAAAAACGCAUCAAAAUGAAAACGAUGACCGAAAAUAUCGUAGGCGCGUGUGUUUGUAAGUUCGACUUACGUCACCUUGACAACGUGCAAUUCUAUCGUUUUCGAACGUGGAUAGUCGAAAACACAUCAAAACAGUAGUGUGGACGCGAAGCGAUCGAUGCAUUUUCCAUGACAACGAAAACGCAUACUUUUGAAAUCGCAGUAUUGUGGAGAGGGCCUAAGACAGCCGCUAUUGGCAAGGGCUCUCUGUCAUAAGCUUCCUUUUUAUAGCAGUAAAGCCCCAUUUUAUGCUGGAAGUCGUUUCAUAAAUAAGUAAGGGUCCAGACAGAACUUUCCAGCUAAAUAUUUAAGUGUCAUACGAGCCAAUCAGAUGUGAUGUUUCAGUGUGUUUUCCACUAAAACCAUUUUUAUAGUUUUUGAUAUUCAAAGACGCGGUCCCAUUAGCUUUUAGUUGUCACUAUCGUGUUAAAAUGAAUUAGACGCGAUUAAAGUGAUCGGAUUAUAGCGUUCGUCACACACGAAUAGACCGCAAGAUUUUUGACAUUUUUUGUCAUUAAAGAUUGCUAAAAAAUUUCCAGCUUCCUUGUUUACCUCGCCUACGCAAGUGUAAGUCUUACAAAAUCCGCUAACAGUAAGAGCCCUUUGGCUUACUGGCGUGAGUUACUGGCCCACAACUCUCUGUUUCCACGCGAUAAUGACUUCUAUCCCUCCCACCCAGCAAACGUCUUGUGAACUUUGAAGCGCAAUUAUUUUUUUAUUUUUCUUUUAAAGCUUACUUUGAUAUAUUUACGUUGUUUUCGGCUUUGUAAAUCACUAAGUUUGACUAUUAAAAGCGUUUGAUACUUCUUGUUCGUAUUUUCCGGGAAAUAAACGCAUUAUGCAGGGCUGUUCCUCAUAAUGCACUCGGCUACGCCUUGUACAGUAUUUGAAUUUCGCAUCCUUUUUAAGACCAGUGCGUGCGUAAAGUUGCCAGUUAUCACUCAAAUCAUUCUCUAAGUAUCACUUAAAUAACGUGUUUAUUCCUGUCGCCUUUUUCCUAGUAGGGCUGUUGUGAGUUGAUACCAUUUUAGCCCCAACCUUCCCCUGAAGACGGAACUGAACAAUCACUUUUAAUUUGUAUUUUAGGCCAGAGAAGUCCUUUCAAGUGCAACCCAUGUGUCUUUUUUAGUUAAACGAAAUAUGCCAGGUUUGUGAAUAGCUUGUUCAGUGUUGUAGCUGACAUAGUAAUUGGAUUAUCUUUUGUUCACUGAGAAAUUGCAGCGCAACUUACUCUUGGCCAUCAAAGGUCGCAGUUUCUGUAGAAACCAACAAACUAACUAACCCCCCCUCCCCAUGUGUCCUUCAAAUUGCGUACGUUUGUAGUCUUUGUCAAUAUUAGUGCCAACGUUGUGCCAACCCAGAGACCCGCGGUGGGUCUUCGCUGCUAAGUCAGUCCUUCAACAAUUUGAGUUUCAUCCAUAAGAGUACACAGUAUAACUGUCUCGACAGUAAGAGGAAAUCUAAAAAUUUUUGUCUCACUGUUUUUCGCUGACAUGUCUUCGAAUAGUGUUGAAGUAGUGACUGUAGCUGGACAGAAUUAAAGUAUAAAAGUCCAUGGUAGUGGUGCUAGCACAUUCCGCAUUAUUCUGGACCUUCCGAAAUGUAGCUUUUUUCAUUCUGCGCAUGAAUGUGGAACUCGUUGCUGCUAACCUUGGAUCAGGCGCUCCUUCUUCCCUUUUUGUUAAAAAAUAACGUCUGAUCACAGGUUAGGUUGCUGCAGAGCCAUCAACCCUUUUUGACAUAACAUGUUACCCUAGAAACAGUUAAGCCUCUUUCAACUUCCCCCACCCCUCCCUCCCCCAAAAUGAACGCAGUUGAUUCAACGUUUUUUCUUAUUCUUUGAUUUCAACGCAAAUACUUGCGACGUAUUCCUGGAGUUGAUCCUUCGUGUUAGAAAAAUGAUUAGUUGCUUUUAACCAUAUUUCCAACACUAAUGGGUCCAUUCCUUUGUUUCUGCUUUGCGAGAUGUUCUGUUUUCUCACGAAAGCGAAGUAACACGCACAAAUAAUUUUCGAUUUCCAAUACUAAACUGAAUUUUCUCGAAGCUCCCGAGUGCAUUGUCACGCAAUCCACCAAUUAGAGUUCAAUACAGUAGUUUCCUUUGAAAAGCGGCAAUGUAAUUAUGCCUGUUUUUACACUCCGUGUUUAAACAGAAGUGUUUGAUCUCAAUGAAAUCUUUGUUUGAACAGAGAAUAACAUGCCGCAACGGAAGUUAAAAGCCACGGCUCUUUGAUGUACCCGAGCGAACGGGCCGUCGUGAAAAAUACUUUUCUUAGUAUUUGAGUCCCUUUUUUUCUUUUCCCAUCCCACAGCUUUCAAGGAGAUGCUAACAGCACCCCACGGAAAGGAUAACUUAAGACUCACGCAAUCCAAGGUAACCUUACAUUGUUUAGGAAACGUGACGUGUUGCUGAAAGAAUCUUAAAUGUCCUUUGUUCCUCUUGAUUCGUGUUGACUCAAGCAAAUGAUUUUCGUUUUUCCGAACGGAAACCUGUCCGUGCUGUUUUAUGCGUGCCCGCUUCGCUCCUUCUGAAUUUUUUUUACGUGUAACCGCGUUCUCUGUACGUGUGGAAAAAUUCCAUGAUAUAGUGCCAGAAAUUUGAUGAGGUCAUGUUGGCCUUCUCAACCAAUAUCAGUACUUUUAUCAAUCUUGGGUUUGCUUCGAAGUUUUUGUUUUACGUUGGUCUCUAGCGGAAAUAAGAAGCAUGGCUACUGAGGUAUAUUAUCAAGCAAUCAGACAGAAUUCUUUGAGAUGCUUACAGUAGCUUACAGUGAAAUCAUUAUUCAUUCCUUGUUGUGUUUUGUUCUUCAUCUUGUUUCAGGACAUUGUACAGAGAAGUUCGUCGGACUGCAGUGAGAGGCAGAGGACCCUGCAGUCUCGCCUUUCCGUUCCUGAAAUCUCAUCAGGUAUGCUUAUUUUAUUUACGUCAGAUAAAGUACCGCACGAGGGGAUUCAAAACGAAAACUUCAACCUCUUCACCAGUGAGUUAUCGAGAGGUAGGGGUUUUUCAAGAACUUCUAUAGUAAAAUAGCAAUGGAUGCUAUUAUAAGAUGAAAAUAUGACUCUAUUUAUACACACUAUAAAUUCCCGCUCGAAGUGCGCUCUUAUGUUUUUCGUAUAAGUUGCUAGAAAAAAGCGUGUAGUUUAAAUUAUUUAAGCGCGAGGUCGUUGCAAAUGUCUGAUUCGUGCAACAAUAAAAUCAGAACAAAAAUGGUAUUAUCUUCGGUAUGUUAAAUAUAAUUUUAUCUAUAGCAGAUUAAUUAUUGUUGGUAUUCCCGUAUCGAUUCAUCAGUGCAAAUUACAAUACGAGUUUAGAUUUUGCUUGCGAGUAAUCGCCUCCUCUCAGUAACGAUUUAUCGCUUUUUUCCUUCAUCAAUUGUAUGAAUCUUAUUUUCAAUGAAAUACAACGCCUGUUUGCUUUUUUUCCCAUUAGAUCCAUCGAAAAAGCCGAUUCAGGUGAGUGCUGAUCAGAUGUCUCAUAAUUUAAAUUAAAAUUGAUUCUAUUUUUUAAGAUCAUUAAAAAUAUCCCGUCAGAGAUUCUAAGCUCUGAUUGCAAUUAUUCCACUUGAUAAAUUCCAUCGAACAAAUUGCCGCGUCGCUUGUUUCCGACACACUGCGUUUUGCGGAAAAGCUAUUGUUUUCAUGGCUAAAAAAAAGGUUAAAAAUACUAUGAGCUACUAUGGUUUUUAGGCUCUUGCAGAAAUAAUUUAUGUCUUAAAAGCGUAUAUCCUUUCACCUAAUGAAGGUGGAAUUUCCAAAUCUGCAACUUUCUACUUAUUAACUGCAGAUGGUUUGAGGUUUUAGAAGCGUGACUUUUUUGUUAAAUUUAUUAUUUUGCGAUCAUGAAACAAAAAAAGGAAAAAAGAACUGUGGACAGGAAGGGAUGUAAUUAUUCACUGAUAAUUGCCAAGUAAACAAUGGUAAAAUAUUUAUAUUAUUUCCAACUCGACCUCUUUCAAUACUGACUGUGCUCGCCGUCUGUUUCUGCAGUAGUCCUCUUGAGUGAAGUGUGCAGUUUUCUGUUAGGCUUCCAAAGCGAAAUGGGGAUUUUUUUUCCAGCUCCUAUCAGUUUGUUUACGAAUUUACUUAGGAAAUCUAAAUUAAAUUCUCUGUUUUCAUGAGAGAUGUGCCUCGAAUAGGCCAUUUCCGAGUUCCCCCGGGCCUCUGUAUCAAAACGAGGUUAAGUGUUCGACCUUUGAUAUGGAGUUGAUUUUUCAUUCUUAUGCAAAUACAACUCAUUUUCACAAGAAAGGUUGUGCACUUGGCCUCAUUUUGAAAGUGGGGGUUUUUGGAACUCGGACGUGGCCUAUUAGUCUUUUACCCAUUGCUCUAGAGCUAACACGCUUUUUUUCGGUUUCAACGGAUGUGAAAACCGUCAUUUUUUCUCCACUAAUACAUUUUCUCUUGAAGUCUUUAAGUAGUUUUCUUUGUUACCUUUUCAGUCCAUUCCGGUGACACUAUAUCCAGCAUUUGUUUUUUCGUGAAGUACAUUUUGACGUGUUUUAUUGUUGUCAUCAAUAAAACCACUUGUUUCAACAUUAAGGAAAAAGCAGGUUAUACCGCUAGCGAAAAAGAAAUAUCAAUUUUUGACUCCGAGCAUCUUAGAAUGUGCGAUGAUAUGUUUCAUAUAAAACAUCCUUCAGGAAAAAACCUGUCUCCGUAGUCACUUGGUCGGUAAUGGAUACCAUUUCAAGUACCUGAAACAUGAAUAUUUGUGACAAGUUUUUUUUCAUUUUGUAGCGGACGAAAAGUAUAGGACAACCGGGCCACUUUCUGACAGAAAAUGGCCAGCUCUGUUAAGAUUAUACUGUACUAUGUGAAAAUCAACCUUUAGUCAGGUGGAUCUGUCGUUCAACAUGCAGGGUUCGGUGCUAUCAGGACAGUUACAGCCGUGACGUUACGCGGUUGAGAUCAGCGAAUGGUUAACUGAUUUUAUUGCCCAAUUUUUACCAAAGAAUCUGUUUUUCUAAGAUAUUGAGUAUGUAAGCGCCAAGGCUGGUUUGUAAUUGAUUUCUUGCCCUGAGGGCAAUUUCUGUGAUAGGAAUUCAGGCAUAAUUCAUAACACAGACCUUUUUGAAAACCGUAUAGCCAUUCAUUGCAGAACAGAACUCAAAGACCUGAACAGGCCUUAGGUUGCUUGCUUUAGCUUAAGCCUUGAUUUUAUUAGCGAUACAAAGGCUACCGCAGGCAGAUUCGCAAGUUCAAGCACGAAGAUCAAAAAUUUUCCUUGUCUUGUGCUCAAGCUUGUGGUUGUCUCUCUUGCGUCAGCGCUCGUUUUUACUUGGCACAGCUCUAAUGGUCAUACUUGCGCUAGUGUUGUGCUUGCGUUUCUUCUGAAAACCAGGAAAUAUUUGUUAUUUAAAACGACUUUAUAGAUUUGAGUUUUACCAAAGUAUGAGAAACAUUAUUGCCAUGGGCGUAUUUUUGAGUAGUUGUAGUCGUGUAUUUUACCGGGAAUUUUGCUGCAAGCUUUUUUUGGCCCGCAAUGCGCAGUUACGGGAAUAGAUUGUUCACAGAACAAUAUUUUAAUUAUUAGUUAAUUGUCAUUUUCCAGUAUCCAUUUCCAUUACAAAAUGACAACAAAAGUUUUUUUGGAAGGCAGGUGAAUUCAGUGAGUCACUAUUUAACCGAAAUUCUUAGCAUACCGAGAGCGAAGUUUAGAGGAGGUUUUUUCGUUUUCGUUCCUUUCAUGGGAGAUGAGCUUUUUUCAUAAGUCAGGCUAAUAUCUAUUUCGGUCAUUUGCUCAAGUAGGGUAGGAUUUUUUACCCUCUUGGUUGAAAGGUUAAUGGCUUGAGAAACCGCGCCGGUAGCCUCUUUGGUUGACUUGGUAUUCAAUGAAUUUAAAUACAAAAGGCUUCUAUUGCUGCCACUCAAAGAAAUUCCUUGAUCAUGCAACUCUAAAAAGACGGAACAAGGUUAAUUUCUUUUGUAAAUUAAUUGAAGACUUUAUUAAUUUUGCCAAAUCUGUGUGCAUUUGUUCACGUUUAUCUAUUUUUAGUUUAUUUGUGUUUCCGCAUUUCCGCUGGUUUGUUUCGUGAUGGUAAACAUCUAUUCUGGUCAAUAUAUUUCCAUGUUUUUCCCACGCGAAGGGGAAAAUAUUGGUUCUUUUAAUGAACUUAUUUUUCUAGCCGUUGUCUGUAGCAGCUUGAGAAAGACUUGACUAUUAGAGGCGACGUUGUGUGGUAAUGUGAAUUAUAAAACAUUACUACCAGAGGAAAGCUUGGCCUUCGAUUUUUAGGCCCCGCCCGCCGACACGUAUCCGUAUUUUGUGUGAUGAAACGGAGAUUUUUUUUCUUCAGUGGCCUGCCGUCCACACGUUUCCGGUGAAAACGGCCACCGAAAACCCGUGUUUUCUAAAACGCUGUCCAGAGUGGAAAUUUUUGAAAACGCUGGCUUCUUGACUACGUGCAGGCGGACGAAAACGGAAGUUUUCCAAUAUGAUGAUGUCAUACAUCAUAAUACUACUACCAGCAUUACGCAUGCUCUGUGAGGGUUGCUAUGGUAUUUCCAUCGUUUCAGCGUUUUUUGGUGGACGGACCAAAAAGUAUCCAAUACGCUACGUGUGGACGUGAAUUUUUUCGGACAUGGAGGAAAAAAUCUCCGUUUUCAAAAAUAUCCGGUCACGUGUGGAAGGGUUCUUAGCCUCGGCUUGAGAAAUAAGAUGUUUGUCUGUCGGAAUUACUUCCAAAAUUUGCUAGAUUUGAAAUUUUGAAAUCAGAAAAGUACUCAAACUGUGGUGAUUUAAGGGUAGUUAAAGCCAUAGUCUAUGUACUGAGGUUUUUAAGAAUUUUAAGCUUACACGAUCACGGUUUUUUCGUUCUUCUGAGCUGAUUGAACCGCACCGUCUUCAACUUUAAAAAAUACCACUUUGGUAUUAAACUUCGGAAUUGCUAUAUCGUACAAGUCAGCCGCAAUGUCAACGCUAAAAAUGAGAGCAACUCUUUUUUUUUUGCUUAUUGAAACAUAAAGGUAAUGAUUACACUGGAAGUGAUCACCAAGUUACGCAGGUCUUGAUUGUUGAACAAAUUCUCCUGAUGAGCACAAUAGGAUAUGUAUAGGAAAUGGUGAGGAGAAUAUACCUGCGUCGAUGAUAAGGUUAAAAGGGGAUAACUGCUAACCUUCAUUUGAACAUGUUUUUGAGUAACUGUGCCAUAUACUAGAGUAUCUUUUGCAAUGAGUGGCAAACGUUACCGUGGCCUAUAUAUUUUCACAAGCUUUCGUGAUGUAUAGGUUUUAAGAGGUUCGAGUAUAUUCUGGUUUGUUUACGGUCGUUCCCAGUGAAACUUCCUUUCGCGAGCUAAAAUCAACACGUUCAUAUUAUCCUUUCGGAAUUUUUCACUGCCACUUUUACCCGCAUUUAAACUCUGAAGCCAACUCUAUGAAAAAAAGAGAAACACAAGCGAGACAGUAUUAGCACCAGUUAGAUAAUCUAGUGCAAUCGGGCAUGGUCACACCUUGUCGGUUGUAUUCACACAGAACUCAAGGGUGUGUUUGCGAACAGUCGAAUCCAGAAAAAGAUGCGAAAAUAGAAGCUAUGAAGGAAAUUUGAAAAACAUUUGCAUAUAAUUAGUAAUCCCGGAUGACACUUGUCCUUUUACCACUAAAAUCUGAUAAGCUUUUGUGUUGACCGCGUACCCAGGAAAAGUUUUCCGCUGACGUGAAACUGUUGUGAGCCUUUCGUCAGAACUCUUUAAAACUCUUAUCCACUGGAACAUUGCCUUCAUAGCUUUCGUGCCCCGUACGUGACGCGAUUGAUGUCUGGUCCCAAUACAAUGAAUUGGCUAGUAACUUCAAGAACAAACCGUGUCAGUGCAAUAUAAACAUGUGCACAUCUUAGCGGUUUACGAUGUUAUACUCGUUAUGACUGGGUAAAAAAUCAUCUUUACGUUACAGCUCUGCCGUCGAAAAUUCUUUAAUUAUGUGUAAAUCACUUGAUUUUGAGGGAAGAUUGCAUGCUGUAAAACGUGUCGUCCAUUUUCCUUUUUUUUUUCUCUUUUUACAAAAGUUUUUUUGUUAAUUUGCUGUAAAUGAACAAUUUGACCCCAAAUUUCUGUUGUUAACGUUCAGAGAUGCUCUCCAACCUCCACUUGAAGAAUGCGCGUCAAAAAUGCAAUAUUUUUUCCAUAACGUUACGCAGUAUGAUGGAUACGAUUUUGACUAUUUCGACUUCUUUGCAAAAUCAACUUCGAGACGAUAAUUAUUGCAAGCGUUGUGAAAGAUUUCAAGCCCAGAUAUCUACACAGAAGAAAAGAGAUAAAAUUAAGAGCCGCAGUUUCUUAGUUGUUGAUGCUUUCAUUUGAUUUCCCUGAGCCGUGCGAGUAGAGAAUUCGGGCGUCGAAUAAAUGGUGUUCCUUUUUUUCUUAAAUAAAAUGGCACCCCUUUUCUUCACUUCUAAAAUGCGUAAAUUUUUUCUUGAUAUACAUCGCUUGGAUGAUGUAUCAAGUAUAAGUUGUAUCCUCCUUCGUUAUUUAAAGGUAAUGUUACACGGGACGAUUCGCAACGACGAUUUUUAGCGCAACACAGCGUGGCAAUGUUGGAACAAUGUUGUAACCAUUCGAAACAAUGUUGCAACAAUGUUGCAACGCUGUGUUGCGCUAAAAAUCGUUGUUGCGAAUCGUCUCGUGUAACAUCACCUUAAGACGAUAUAAUGCGUUUUUUCCCGGAUUGUUUUUCAUCAUGUUUUACCUGCCUGUCAGAUUGUAAACGUUAAAUUUGCAGGGUAUGUAAUUAAUCACUGUUAUAUUGAAAUUCCUUUUAAAGAUUGAGCACAGAUGACGAUGUAAUGAGUUAUUGGGCAAUACAUUAUGACAGCAAUAUUAGAACCUUUCAUUCAAUAAUACUAUAAUACUAUUUACAAAAAACAAUGAGAAAUUAUAUAGUUUUCUUAUCCGUAAUACGAUUUUUUUUCGAAGUAAUGUAUGAUGAUGAUGUAAUAAUUGUGAUUGUUAAAUCCUUUGAAUUGCAACUGACAGUUUGCGAUCAUAUCCUUCCCAGGUUAAAGUUUGUUUAAAGAAUGUCGUUUAAGUGUUUUCCAUUUUUUUUACGAAAAGCUUACCAAGAAAAAUAAAUGUGCAAUAAAUUGUGCAACACAUAUUUUCGGCCCAGCUGAAACCAAGAUGCAAGUAAUACUGGAAGUUUUUUUUUUUUUUCAUUAUAACUGUGUAGCAGAGCUCAAUCUUUGGGUUUUAGUUCAUUCAUUCUGACUAAUGGCUCGUGCUUAAUUCGUAAAUCUUUCAUACCUGUUAUGUCCUUAGCUCAAAAAUGCUUUCGCUCCCUCCGGUAAACAAGAAACUGGAGUCAUUGUCGGAGGUUUUGACGAACAGUCUGAACAUAGUGUUUCAGACAAAUCAAUAUAUCAUUACAUAAUUCUUGCUGCAUCAGCAUGAGUAGUUCCGUUAAGGCUGAUGUUGACGAUAUCUAGAAUACGGUUUUUUGCUUUGAUCAAUCACCCACGGGUUCCAACGACCUCUUGAACCACUGUUUGUUAGAAUUUCUCACCACAGACGAUCAAGAACCCGAGAGCAAAACAAAAAAAGGUCGCCAUACUCCUAGUUCAGCCCAGCACUAGAAUCCCGCUUUCCUCUAUCUCUUUCUGUAAGAGACGAUUGUUCUAAAAUCCCCUGUAAUUAAUGUAUUUAGAAGUCUUUAAAAAGGUCAUUGACAGUUCACUUGUCUGAGUCUCCUGGAAGUUCCCUCAAUAAAAGGUUUAACUUUGAUUGCGGCUUACAAGUUUAUUUACCAUCCUUUGUUUUUAUGAUUUACUAGUUAAAGCUAGUGAGAAAAAGUCCUUACCAGAAAACUAUUUAAGUUGGAGUCAUGAAGAUCCUAGUAUUCCAAUCAAGUGGAAGUAACCUCUUUCUUUCAACCUGACUUUCAAUUAACUGUCCUUCCGUGAUAUCUUUGGUGUCUUCGAUCAGUUUCUUGUUGCCGUAAGGGGUGCAUGAACUAAAACCAGACCAAAUUUAGUAGUUUGCCGCUUUGGCGACGUUAUCAGAUAAGAAACAUACUGACCGAGCCACGCCUGCAUGUUUUUCGCACUUUUUUUUCACUCUACGCCUUAAAAUAUUGGACGAAAAACAGGCUCUGCUAAUAAACUUCUGCUCAUGACGCAAGUGAGCUUCCGCUCGGCUGAGCCUGGCGCCCACGCCAGGAAGUCACGCAAAAGACUGCGAUUUACCGCUGGUCUCUGUUAUUGUUUUGCAGAAACGCUUGAAUACCUUUCAAAAUAGCCAGAACUUCGUUUGCCUGUGGUUACAGGAGAUUAAGUAGAGUCAGCCUGCGAGACUGUCUUACUCAAUUGACCAUUUCUUCUGUUUUGUUAUUCUAUCCAGCAUCUACAUCCGUCUAACAGAACUGAAAAAGUGAAGAAAGCUCUGAACCGACUCAGUGCGCUUGGAACACUUUCGAGAAAUAGCAAGUAAGUACAUAACAGCGAUAACUUAGAGAAUAAUAGUGUGUCCUUGAUUGAUCAUGUGUUCGAUUUGGUUUGCCUUUUUAGAAGCAAGAUAUUUGUGUUUUUUUUUUCAGUCUAUAACUAGACUACUGGGAUUAUAUGUGUUAUUUUAUGUGAAAUUUCCUUUUAGCUAGUGGUUGCGUUUUGUAGAAAGGAAAUGGUCAAUUAGAAAAUACGAAAUUCCCUUCGAAAGCGGUAGUACGUUGUCAUUCUAUUUUUAUCGAUGCAAAUCAGUUGAGCGACAGACAUUCCAGACGAACUUUGUCAGGAAAUGUUCUUAUUACUCUGAAUGAGCCGACCUCCCUUAAAGUGAAAACUUUUGGAAGAAACUGAAAUAUGCCAAAAACGUGAAAUGUGAUGACUUCCACUCACAUUAGUUUUAACUUAUGACGUUAUUUCAGUCAUGAUUCUUUGAGGUUUGGUUUCUUGUACAAUAUAUACUAUAUGGAACGAAAUGUAAUGGUAGAUUUUUUUAAUUGACUCACUUUCCAAAAUGCACACUUCCACAUUUUAUAUUCCAUCUGAUUUUGCUGUAGCGGAUUCUACUUUAACAGUUCCAUUCUCAGUGUUAUUUCGACCUUUUGCAGACGUAAAAGCGAAGUUUAUGAUAAUAAUAGUAAUGCACUUUUUGUCGUGAUCGGUUAAUAUCAAAAUAAGAGGGCAUAUUUCUUCUGGCUCUCAAAUUCUUUCCAUCGAUUCUUUACAAACUUGAUUUUAUGAUUCAGCUCUAUUACGCGUUCGAGUCUUUUGACGAAAGGCUUGACGUGUGUCCUCUAAAGAACAGCUAUUAAAUAGUACGUCGCCAUGUUAUAUACGUUAUUAAACUUUGCACGAUCGCUCGAAACCUUCAGUCGGUUUAUUGAAUCGUGGCGUUCAGUCAUUCAGUUGAACUUAACCAGAACUAUACAUUGACCUGUUCUAAGGUAAAGUUUGUAAUGCUGAACGUGGUGGCUGUAAUUUUUUGGCUUUUUUGAGUGUUUUGUAAGUGUGUUCAUUGAACAAAAGCAAUGAAUGACACUUUUGAAUGGUGAUAUUUGUUGUUUGGGAAUGUCUAGUAAGUAAUAAAUUAUAAAUUUUCCACUUCAUUAGCCGUUUGCAGUUCUCUAGUCGGCUUUUUCCUUUGUUGUGAAAUUUACCGGAAAACGUUUUCUGUUUUUUAAGUCAAUUUUACGUGUACUUCAGUUUCCUUGUUUAGAAUCUUCUCUUACGGUUCAGAGGUCUCAUCCACAGGCUCUUUUGAACCAGUCGAUCCAAUACAAUUACGUUCGCAAUAGCGGCAUAUCUAAAGACCUCCUUUCUGUGCUUAUUAACAUUGUUUCGCUAAUGAUUUUUCCCGUGGGUGUGAAAAACAUGUGGUAUAUAGAAUACAUAGAUUUGUUUAUGACAAAACAAUUUGCGACUUUGUUUAGUGUUGUGGAGACCUAGGGAAAAAUUACUGCUUUGUUUCGGUAACAAAUAUUUCCAGCCUUGAUAUAACAUGGAUAUUGUGAUUUGACUAGCUGCGUCAAAAUUUAGUGCUCAUUGCAAGGGGGCAUCUACAAUAACCUGUUUUUAAGCAGCGACAAUUAAUUACUAUUUGGGGAAAUAGAAGUCAUUUAAAGUUUCAGUCCUGCCCCUUCAAAUUGUUUUUAGACGGUUUUCUUAUUUUAAACCUGUUUUUAUCUCACAUAUUGAUGGAAGGGGCGUUCUAUUUGUACCUCAUUUGCGAGGCAACCUUGAACUGGAGCUCUUUUGAUCUUACCCUGCUCCAAACAUAGUCAGCUUUUUGUAGAAUCUCUUCUUUAAAUAAGGAGCAAAUUUCAGAACUCAGUUGUCAAAACCCUAGUUUUCACUGACGUUGAAAGUUUCCACUUUCAAGCACAUCAGGGUACCCACCACUGCUUCUUACACCUUUUGUCAGAGGUCAAAACGUUUACUUGGCUUUUCUUGUACUUAACCUCAUAUCUCGCACGUGUUGUAGAUGCAUGCAUGGGAGCUACGACAACCACAUUGGCGUGAAGGACUUUAUUAAAGGAAAAACAAAUUUUUUAUGCACGUGAACUGCACGUGUAUUUGACAUUAGGUACAUUUCUCUCCCCUCUUCUGCAAACUGUAGAAAAAUAAAAAAAUGUCAUCAAGUUUUAGAGUUUACUUAGAAAGGGCCGUAUUAAAACCCUUUCACUCGCAGAAGGAAUUUUAUGAAGAACGACGUUGUGAUUCUAUAUUUUGAGUCUUGACGAAAGUGGGCGAUGUGACCAUUCAAGAACAACGAUUCUUGGACACCGUUCUUUCUUUUGUACUUUUUGUUUUCACAUUUGUUUGUUUUGCCCUGAGUUUUGAUGUUCUCCUCUUUGCGGGCCGAAUUCCUAUUAAUUCAACAGACUGGAACUGUUGCAUAGGCAGUUAAUGAUUGCUUCAUUUGCGUACAUCUUUGCAUUGCAAGUUAAAAUCGGGCUUCAAAGACCUCUGCAAGAUAUCCACCGCCUGUUUACGAUCCGAAACCGACAAAAACAUAUCCGGGGCGACUUGUUACGUAUCUGCUCUGCAACUGAUGAUAAUACCGCUUAGGACUGGAGGGUCACGCGAAUAUCACUAGAGUGUGAAAUGACUAGAUCAAUAUCUUUAUACCUGUGCUAUACUCCUGACAACUUAUUUGGCUUCGUAAAUUUCGCAUUGUCAUCUAAGAACCAACAGGUUCAAAAGGGAGAAAUUCCCCAUUUGUGGGGGACACUGGACGUGGAGCAUUUUCAUCUUGUUAUGUGAAACAGUUGUAGUUUCAAUAGUAUUCUCGAUUAUGAUCUGAUAGCGACGAACGUUUUGUCGUAAAAAACCCCUGCUUCUUCUCUCCGGGAUUUGGGUGAGUUGUUUAGUCGAAAACUUUUUCCCAUCAUUUGGGUGUAUAACGAGUUCCGGCCGCAUGGAUUAUCCUUCCGCCCCGGGGGUUGAGGCAAUACUCCAAACUUGCUUUAUGUUCAGAAACCGGUCGACCCAUUCUAAUUUUAAGGCUUAUCGUUUGCCCAGUAUCCGAAAACGCGUGAGUGCCAAUAUGACCCGCUGCAUCUUGCGCGAUGCAAUAACAGAUGCAGUAACAGAUGCAAAUUGAUUAGUUUGCGUUGGUUCGGUGGUGAAACACAACUGCUUAAUUUUAUGUUAGGCAAACUGGCCAUCGUAAAGACAGUCAAAAGCUAGAACGGAAGUGUUAACGACACAGUACGCGUUUAACAUGACUUGUGUGAGUUAUAUCGCAACGUAUGAAGAUUAUAAAAGGUUUGUUUGGGAAUGCAACCGAUUUAAUUUUAAAGGUCGAAACUAAUGUUUUGCUGUGAUUUAAUUUUAACUUGUUAUCCUUGAAACCUUUUUCUCAAAAGUCCCGAUAUCAUUUCGUCCCUGUAAACCAUCUGAACUAUCUUAUGUCAUCUGCAAUCAUGUGCUUCUAUUCAAGUUACUUUGUUUUCCAAAGAAAUAGCUUCGAACUUUGGCUGCCUGAUUAACCAGGCCGCAACUCCUGGGCUAGCCUGGUCAAUGAAGGUGAACCGUGAUCUCGGAACGGAGCAACAACCAGUCGCAAAAUGAUGGAGACACUUAUAUAGAAACCCGCCUUCCUUACUUAGUUGCGCUUUAGAGGAAGAGAGUUCUUAAGAAUGAUUAGGUCUUUUUCCUCUCUCUCCGGUCAAAGGAAGUCGUGGCAAGAGUUGAGUGAGUACGAUCUUGGAGUCCUUACAAGUUGUGUUAAAAGCGGGAGGGGAGGGGAGGGGUGUGAAUCGUGAAAAAACUUCUAAAGUCCAUUUUCGGCUUAACACGUUACAGUGUCUCAAGCCAUUUUGCAACUAGUUGCGGUUAACCUCACCGGCACAAGUGAAGAGGGUCUACGUUAACGAGAGAGAUUUUGCUCGUUUGUGGCUAAAAUCGGGACGCGAAAGAUUAACGGGACUUUCGAGAAACAGGAUGUACAAGACCUUUAACUAAAAUCCAGUUUUAUUUUUAGGCUUAUUUCUAAAAGCGAGAGGGAUCUUUUAAGUGUGAAUCACGACACUUCUGAUGAUCUUCACACCAUGGCCCGUCUCGCAGUGAAGAAUAAACGAGCCACUCUACCGCGAGGAUUUGGCUCCACUGAAUGCAUAUAUACUAGCGAUCAGUCGUUAGACAUGCCUGAUAAAGUUAUUAAAGUUUACAAAGCGGACCAGACCUGUAAAUAUUUUAUGGUGUUUAAGGUGAGUUAACUACAGCUUUUCGAAAGAAUAUCUAACUAAAAUAGCCAAAUUUUUUCCAGCUAGCUAAUUCAUUUCCAUUUUCACUCUCAGGCGAGUUAGAUUUUUGAUGAAUUUUCAGCUUGGACUAUGUUAGGAAACGGUUUAAUCAAACCAAAGUAAUUGCCAGAGUAAUUAAACAGACGCAGCCAUUUAAACGGAUCUUGAUGGUGAUACAUGCAUCUAGCGCUAAAGCUACAGUAAAACGGGUAGCCUGCGUAGCAGGCGCUUAGAAGUAGUGGGCGAAAGAGAGAACGGGCGCGCGCGAGGGAGACACGCGAGGGGUUGCUGCCAAACGAACUGAAUACGCGUUUUAACCUGAUUUGUUGCAAGACAGGCUCGAACGUGGGUGGUAAAACGCGUAACAUCGCUAUACAGCUCGUUUUGCAGCAAUGUUGCAAAAAAAAGCUGCACGUUUUUUGUUGCCAAUUCAAAGCCAAAGCAGUUUAACUUGGGUUUUAAUUUCAAAGCAUCCCAAGGAAGAUAAACAACCAAAAAGUGCGGCGAAAAACACAAAGAAAUAUGAACUUGGUGCAAGGCUAAAAGGGGAGAACUGGUUUACAACUCUUUAUUUUUGAUCGGUACUUAUAAAUCGAUACUGCCAACCGGGACUCUUUUCCUUCACGUGCGCUUUAAUAUAGUUUAUAAAGCAGAUUUUUGACACGUACUGUAUAUAUUUUUUGUUUAUAUUGCGUGGCGCCGUGCACUAUACAAAACUGCGAAAACAAGAACGUUCCAUGGUUUCGAGGCGUGCAUGACCUGUUGUGCUCUAGUUUAAACAUUUUGUCCUUUUAUUGUUAUUUAUCUAUUUUUAGGAAACUACAGCGAGAGAGGUCGUUAAUCGAGCUGUGGAUGCGUUUGGAAUUCCAGACCACCCAAGGUAAGACUGAUUGAAGAGCUCGUGUUAGACGUCUAUCGUUAUUUUGGUGUUCAAGGGUGCUUGUAUGGCUUCAAUAUUGGUCUAGUACUGAUCCACCUUGUCCAAUGUUGUUAAGACGCAACUGACGUAAAACAUCUCUACUUCAGCUAUUUUAGGCGCUAGACAAUAAAAAAGUACCAAUUACUUUUUAGAUAAGGAGCGAAAAUGUUGUUUCCUGGUAUUGCUAAGAAUAUACUUAAGGAAAAUAGCUACAUGUUAGGAUCAUAGUUUCUGCGUUCAUUUCAAGCCUGUCAAGUGAUUAAGAUCAGGUGCCAGGUUCCUUCCCUCAAGUCAAGCAAAUCUCUCCAGUGAUUUAACUCGACAUUUUGUCACGUGAACUUUUUUUUUGCUUCACGUGACUAUUUUUUGCUUCACGCGACUAACGUGUUAUCAGUCACUCGACAAUCGGCGCCAAUAGGGCGUCGUAAGCUCUCACAAACAUGAAUUCAGUACUUCACUUUGAAAUUUCUUUUUUUCUAUUUAUAGUAACUACUCACUGUGUGAGAUUACUGUAGAGGAUGGUGGACUCAUCAAACAAAGAAGACUGCCUGAUAUGCUUCCAAAUCUUCCUGAUAGAAUUCAUUUGAAUGGAAGGUAAGUAGUAACCUAUUAGCUAGCCUGUUGUAAAGAUGUAGCACAAACGUACCUGUGUUUACACAUUACCGCAUCGACCGGAUUGACGUCAUUUCUAUGGACCAUGGAGAAUUGUUGCCUGUUUGUUAAACAGCAUAAAGGCUAUUCAAUUUAGUGUGAACACAUUCUCAGUUUGUUGUGACCACCUGUACGUAUACGAUUACGUUUGUGAAUGCACACACAUGAUUUGUCCACACGAGCGCAAUGAUCUCACGGUUGUCCACACGAACACGCAAAGGAAUUUUAAACGCGAGUUGAAGUAACAGUUAAACGAGAGAGUCAGGCGAGGCGUGUCACCCCAUCAUUGAGAAUGUAAAGUCUAGACGAAGCGCUAAACUACUAUCUUUUGUUACAAGGUAGUUCCCUUAUUAUAGUUUUGUCUUUCUUCUGCAGGUAUUACUUGAAGAAUAACGAAGUGUCGGGUCCUUUGCUCCCAGAUGAGGCAGCUCAGGUCAGCGAAUUUACAUUUUUUGAAUCCUUUUCUUGCCGAAUGCGCUCUAAACCACACUACCUCAGACUCGUUUUCGUACAGGUUUUGUUUUCGAAAGCAACCAUUCUGAACCAUUCAGUAGGACUCUGAAGUGCUUUUUAUAAUACGUUACCGUGAUGAUAUAAUUUAAGGUUCUGUGGACGAAACUUUAGAAUUAAGCGAAAACCUCUGAAAGUGUUGUCCGCUCUAGGUUAAACUGGUGUUUAUAGGAACUAGGAAGGUUGUGAAAUUAUGCUUUUCUUUAACAUUACACGCAACGGUGCAACGGUGCAAUAGCUAGACUACUUUCAGUCCGGCGUGAAAACUAAAAUAACUCGAAAGUUUUUACGUUCUGUCUUUUUUGUGAUGCAGGAGCUGGCAAAAGAGUCAAGUUUUAGUUUGUUGCAACUCAAGCCGCGAGAUUUGGCUAAAGAAAUUACGUUACAGGUAAGAAGCUAAAAAUGAAAAAAAGAAUGUUGGUCGAUUAAUCCGCUGUAGCGUAAAUGAAGUAUUAAUUUUAAUCGGCCUUUCUUAGCGAGUUAAAAACUAGACUAUUCCUCCCUUUCUGCAAGUUGUUGUUACUUUCCGUAUGCAGUAGGAAUGUUUUUUUUUAACCUUUCUCGAUGCUUUUGUCCUCUUUAAAGUGAUACAGUUUUUAUCAUUUAUAGGCGAAACAACGACAACGUUUUUUCAUGGAUUAAUCAUCUCUGCGUUCUGUUAGUAGCUACAUUAUAAAUACCCUUUUCCCGCGUUUCAAUUGCUUAAUUACGGUGCAUUUUAGAAGUUUAUGACUUGUCAAAGCAUUUCUUGGCAUCGUGAAAAUUAACACAACAACUCUUUUAGCGGUCUUUUAAGGACAACAUAUGUAAUAUAUUGAAUAUGAUUUUUUUCGGAUCUUUUGGCUGUACAUUCCUCCAUUUACGCAGAAAGUAAUCGUAUUCCAAGGUCCUUAACAAAAUCAGUUUUGUUUUUCUGAAAACAAAAGGCUUUUCUGUUUUUUCGGUAGGUUUGUUGGCAACGAUAUGUUAUGAGAUGAGUGUCUGAUAUUUUAGUUUGAUAAAUCAAGUUCCAUGUAAUCCUGAUCAGAUUUUUGACGGGUAAAGAGUUUUAUUUUCCUUCAGUUUUUAAUCAAAACAUGUAGCCAGUUUAUUUUGUUGCAAAGCACUAUUCAUUAAAAGCAACUUGCACAGAAGGGGAAAUAGUCCAUUUUAUUUUUCCUGAAGAGCUAAUUGUGGUUUUUAUCUUGUUAUUCUAGGACUUUGAAAUUUUUAGAAGUAUUGAUCCCCGAGAAUAUAUCUACAAGUUAUGGAACUUUAUUUAA